UCCGUGAGGAUUCCUAUAAUAUAAUAUACACCACACUCCACAGAUCUAUUAAUAAACACCCUCAGUAAACACCGCAUACCUAUUUCAGAAUAUUGUAUACCACUUGUAUACACCUGUGAUUACUUGCUCUGGCCUCUGUGGUAAUUGGUAUACACCAACACCAUUAUAAAAUCUAAUUAGCACAGUAAACAAUUUAUGCUGACGAAAUAUUCAUAACAUACUCAUAAAAAUGACCGUGAUUGCGGUGGAUGAUGUACCGCCAAAGAUGCCUUUGAAACUAUUUAUUAGAAAGCUUUCUUGGAUUGUGAAAGGUCAUUUUGAAGCCCUCGGGUUUGACUCGCAAACUAAUAAAAAUAAUAGUUCAAAGACUUGUUAUUUAAAAUUGUCGCCGAAUUUGAAUGUUGGCGAAGUUAUAAGGAGAAUCAAUGAGACACCGAGUGGAAAAUUGAGGUUCAGAGCGUUUGUACCUACAUCAGUUCCAAAUUUCACAGGAAAACCUUUAACUUUGUCAAACAAAUUGAGGAGAGUUAUACACAUACCAUUGGAAUUAUCACCAGAAGAGUGUUUUCUAAAAGUCCACAGUGAAAUUAUCACAGAACUGGUGUACAAGUUUACAGGAUUACUGAGAAUCAGUCAAAAGACAAAUCACAAGCUUUUGGAGAACAUUUGUUUUGCAGUAGCGGAAAAACUGAGACGCGUCGCUAACUCAACUAAAAUAAACAACACGCCGUUCAAAUUGAGUUCAGCGUACAGAAAGGCUCAUCCGCAUGUUGGUGAUUAUAGACUUAUCAUGUCCACUUUGCAUAUGUUGGAGGAUGCGCAGGCGCAGCCGAGGACACAGAUCAGCGAGAAGGACUUGAUGGUUGUGCAUGUUAAUCCUAAUCCUGUUGUUACACGUUUUGAGAAAAUAAAGGAUGAUACUAAUAAAUACUCAGACAGAAUAAUGAAAAGGGUGCAUGAAUACAUUAAUUCGUUAAUAACAGACUCUAAUCCGGAACAGAGUGAAGAAGAGAAAGCAAGAGUUAAUGUUAGGAAACAAUUGAAAAAAGUACAACCGUAUUUAUCAACGAUCAUCAGAGAAGUCACAGCAUCGCAAUUGGUUCCGUUGAAUAAAGCUCACAAAACUCAGGUACCAGAGCUUCCACCGAACUAUAUGAAACCGAUGAAGCAGUCUUUGUGCAACGUGCGGAUAUACAGCGAGCCAUAUUUCCCUGGUAACGAGGCAGUGAAAGGUUUUCUAAAGAAAUUUUCCGCAAGAUCGAUACACAGAGCGGACACCAUGUUUAACUUGCUUCAUGUGAAAGUCUCGCGGCAGGCGUAUAAUAAGAUGUUGGCUCAUGAUGGGACUAUAAUAGCCGUAGAUGGUGUGCCGCAAAAGUUAACAAUGAAACUUUUUAUAAGAAAGCUUUCCUGGAUUGUGAAAGGCAAUUUUGAAGCUCUCGGCUUUGAGUCGAAGAAAAACAGGCCGAAGAUUGGUUAUAUAAGACUAUCAGCCAAUUUGAAUGUAAACGAUGUUUUAAAAAGAAUCAAUGAUAGCGAGACACCAAGUGGAAAAUUAAAGUUUAAAGCAUAUGUCCCUUCGUCGGUUCCAAAUUUAUCGGCAAAACCAGCAACAUUGCCGAACAGGAUGCGCAGAGUGAUGAAUAUUCCAUUGGAAUUAACACCAGAGGAGUGUUUUAAAAAAGUUCACAAUGAAAUUAUCAAGGAAAUGGUAUACAAGUUUACAGGACUACUUAAUCUCAGUAAAAAGACGAAUCAUCAGCUUAUGGAUAAUAUUUGUCUUACGGUAGCAGAAAGACUGCGACGUGUUGCCAACUCGUCUAAAAUAAACAACCCACCGUCCAAACUUAGCUGGGCAUAUCGUAAAGCCCAUCCACAUUUUGGUGAUUUCCAAUUCAUUUUGUGCACUUUGCACAUGUUGGAGGAUGCGCAGGCGCAGCAGAGGUCGCAGAUUAGCGAGAAGGACUUGACGGUUGUGCAUUAUAAUCCGGAUGUUAUAAAUAACGUACGCCAUGAUAACGCGAGAGAAACGUGCAAUAAAUACUCGGAGAGAAUUAUCAAGAAGGUAACAGAGCACAUAAAUAAUUUAAAAACAGAAUCACACCCAGACCAGACUGAAGAAGAGAAAGCAAGAGUUAAUGUUAGGAAACAGUUGAAGAAAAUAGCGCCAUACUUGGCAUUGAUGGUCCAAGAGGUGACAAGUACACAUUUGCAGCCUGUGAAGCAAUCGUUCUAUGAUGUUAGGAUAUACGGCGAGCCAUAUUUCCCCGGGCGCGAAGAAGUUAAAGUAUUCCUAAAGAAGUUUGGCGCUAGAACUAUACACAGAUCGGAUAUUAUGUUCAAUUUGGUGAUGUUCAAACUAACACGGCAUUCGUACAUGAACAUAAUGAAUGAAGAUGGUGUUACGAUAGGAGGCUGUAAACUGAUCAUACGUGGAUCAGAUUCACCGACAUACAAGAUUCCCGAAGCGGUUUUAAAGCAAAUAUCUCUUUCGGAACCAACGCAAGAUGAAAAUAUCGUAGCUGAGGAAAAUUGGGAAGAAUGGUGAAUGUAGUGUGUAAAAUAUUGUAUAUAUAUAAGGUGUAUUAAUAAAUGAUUUUAUGUGA